AUGCAAACCACGAGCUGCGAACCAUCGGAAGCAGCAACCACAGGCGUGGAGGACGAAGUAAAUGCCAAGUAUCGGCAAAAAUACCGCCGAUUAAAACGAUACAUUACCGAUAUGGUGUUUGAAAAUGCUGCAUUGAGUGAUCACAUAGCUCAGGUGCAGGAGAAAACCAGUCAGGUUUGUGAGGAGCGUCGAUUUUUGUUGAAAAGGCUGCUGGAUUAUGAAAACGAGCUCGAAACGCAACUGGGACGACCUUGCAGCAAGUUGAACGAAUUGAUUGCGAAUAGUUUACCACCGAAGCGACAGUACAAGAAGCGGGAUAAAAAUGCCACCGUUAAUGGUACGCCCAACGCAGGCACUUCCGGCGAAGGUGGACCGGACACACAAGAUACUCAGGGAACUGCGCCGGAUGGUGUGGUGGAAAAUGGAAAGGACGACGAAAGAAACGAUAAAUCCAGUUCUGCUGAACCAAAUGGUGCGAAAAAUGGGCACAGGGUAGGGAAAAAGCGGGGACCAUCGGCCAAAGGUGAUGGGGCGGUAGACAGUAAACCGAGGAAAAAGCCACGGCUUGGCGCCGGUACUGGAAAGAAGCGCAUGCCUAACAUAACGGUGGACCAAUCGGGACACCCAACGUACCCGUUCACGGUCGGAGGCUUCACAGUGCAGAGUCUGGGCGAAAUCGUCCCAGAUCGAGCGGCUUAUCACACGGAAUGUAGAAUUUAUCCGAUCGGGUACACAAUCACGCGACCGUACGGUCACUAUAAGGAUCCGGAAAAACGGUGCAACUAUACCUGUCGCAUACUAGACGAUGGUGAAAGGCCUCGGUUCGAAAUCGUGCCCGAAUGCACCGAUCCCACCGGUGUCACGUCCGAAUCCGAUGACAAGAAAGCCACGAGCGUCGCAGAGGACACGAUCAGUGGCCCAACGACGGACGUGUGUCAUGCUGAACUGCUGCAGAGGAUCAAUACCGCGCUUAACAUACGCUCGAUCGACUCCCGUCCGUUGGGAGAUUGGUUCUUCGGUUUGGCACAUCCGACCAUUGCGAACCUAAUACAGAGUUUUCCGGCCGCGAAAGGUUGCACCAAUUACCGGGGCACUAAGAAGGAUAGCUUAGCCAAUGUGGAUAAAGAGAACGAUGAUCCGGCAAUUAGCUACGAUGCGCUGUUGCGCCAUAUAACGAUUUCGACGUAUCGUACGGUGCCGGAAAUUAAGGAAGAACCGCCGGACGAACUGUUUGACCAUUCGGACGGCAAUUCGUUUAGUUUGUCGGUGUAG